AUGAGACUCAACGAAAACAUUGCCGUCUCAACACCCAAGGUCCUGCUCGUGCCGUACGAGGCGCGCCACGUUUUGAAGUACCAUGAGUGGAUGCAAGAUCCUGCGAUACGCGAGGCCACGGCCUCGGACCAGCUCUCGCUCGACGAGGAGUACGAGAACCAGCUGUCGUGGCGCGCGUCGGCCGACAAGCUGACGUUUAUCGUUUGCGAGCCCUUGUCUGACAUUCGUGGCGAUGCCGAUGAUGAUAAUGGGCCAGACCGCAGCGAGAAUGACGGCGGCGGGAGCGAAUCAGUCGCUGCGGGCGAGGUCGAUACCCCAGAGCGCAUGAUCGGAGACGUGAACCUGUUCCUCACGCCGUGGGAAGAAGAGGAAGAAGAUCCCGACGACGAGAGCGAGAACGGGGCAGUACGACCGCAAGAAACCCCGGCGAAGGCUUCUGGAGGUGGUUAUGGUGACAGCGACGAAGAGAACGCCGUCUACUGUAACGGCGAAGUCGACAUCAUGAUCGCGUCUCCGGACCACCGCGGCAAGGGCCUGGGCAAGGCGGCCGUGGCGGCGUUCCUGCUCUUCGUUCGUCGGAACUUGGGGGGUAUACUGGCGGAGUACGGGGGGAGUAUGCAUCUACAGUCACAACUGCAUGGACACGCACAAACACAGACACAAGCACAAACCCAGACGCUACCAGGGGCAGCACCCACACCCUCAAAAAACCCGAAGCUGAAAGACAUGGUAGCCAAAAUCAACGCCGAGAACGCAGGCAGUAUUGCCCUAUUUAAGGGCCUAGGCUUCCGGCAGAGGGGCGAGGUGAACUAUUUCGGGGAUAUCGAGCUGGCGCUUGAGGGAUUCGGGGAUGACAAUUCCUAUGCAAGAGAGACAGGCACAGCGGCGCCGGUCUGGGCUGCUGGGAUGACGGGGGAGGAAUACCACGAGAUCCCUCCUCCGCCAAGUACCGGUACAGAAUGA